UCCUGCAGUGAACAAGUGUUUACGAAUUGGCGAAAUCGAGGUUACGGUGAGGUUAUUUUCUCAGCGUAUACAUUGUGGUGCAAGUUCACAGAAAUUGCAUAUAAUCCAGCGAGUGAUGGAGAACGCAGAGAACGCAAUCAGGGUGAAGCAGGAGCCGAAGGACGAUUUGGACGACGAUUACGUUUUAGACUCGGUGGACUCUGGUGAGGUUAAAAAUGUUGAAACAUUCACGUUUGAUAACACAUCGGCAAAUCAAAUGAAUGAGAUUGUGGCAUUUCCGAAAAAAUUAAAUGAGAAAAUAUCCGUAGUUUUUGAGUGCAAAGAUGUUAAACUUGAACUGAAACCAUUAUCGACGAACACCUGCAAAACCGAGUAUCAAAGUUAUCCACCUAUUGCAAAAGUAGAGAAUCCAAUUCAGAUCAGUUACCUGAAUGAAUAUAAGAAGGCUACAAUAUUUGGAAACGGUACUGAAGCAAUAUUAUCUUAUGAGUGCAAAAUUUGUCGAAAAACGUAUAAAAGAGAAGUUGCUCUUAGAAGUCAUAUCAAUUUGAUACACAAGACCAAUAGAUCACAUGAAUAUGCGAUUGAUCAAAAAUCAUUUAGACGAAAAGAACGUCUUAAAAUUCACACAAAUGCAGUACACGAUCGGAGCAAACCUUUCGAGUGUGAUGUUUGUCACAAUUCAUUUGGACGAAAAGGUCACCUCAAUGUUCACAUAAAUACAAUUUGUCACAAUUCAUUUGGUUACAAGGGUGAUCUCAAGAAACACAUAAAUGGUGUACAUGAUCGUAUUAAGCCCUUCGAAUGUGAGAUUUGUCACAAAUCCUUUGGAGAAAAGGGUAUUCUGAAUCAUCACAUAAAUGCAAUUUGUCACAAAUCCUUUGGAGAAAAAGGUACUCUGAAUCAUCACAUAAAUGCAGUACAUAAUCAGAUCAAACCCUUCGAGUGUAGCAUUUGUCACAAUUCAUUUGGUUACAAGGGUGAUCUCAAGAAACACAUAAAUGGUGUACAUGAUCGUAUUAAACCCUUUUAA